AUGCAUAAGUAUCCAGUAAUAUUUGUAAUUGAAGUUGCAGAUCAAAUUGUGAAGAAGACAAAAGAAAUAAUGGCUCGUGUUGACUCAAUGUUCACCCAAAAUAUUGAAAAAGUUUUGGAAAUAAAUGCUGCUGAUGGUCACAAAAGAGACAUACAAGGUUGUAAAAUCAAUGAAGUUGGCAAAAUAAAGAAGGGAAGUGAAGGACUUGAUAAUCGAGAGAUGCUGAAAAUGAAGAGAAAUAUGCCCAAUGAGCUGAACAAAAUACCAGCCUGUAUUAAGAAGACCAGAAAAGGAACUAUGCCUGAUGCUCAUAACUUCACACAAAUGAUUGGUGUGGAUGUGAAACUUGGAGAUGAUGAAGCCACAGUUAAAGAGUAA